UAUUCACAUGUGGUUAACCACGUUAGAUUGCAGGACAUUGAUUGAUUGACUCGUGUCCCGCAGCCCAGCAUGCAGGCGGAACGCGACCGCGGUCUCGCAUCACGUCGUCGCCCGCACGUCGGGCAGCAGCAGCCGGUCGCGGCGAUUCCGGCAGCACCGCGUCUGCCUGCGUGUUGCCUCUGCGCUGUGCCGUGCCGUUCCGUGCGUCCGCUGCGUGUGCGCGCUGCCCUGUGCGCGCUGUGUGUGUAGUAGCGCUCAGUGAUUCCCCCCUAAUCCCUCAGAUUGUCGCCGAGCCGCCGAGCUGCGGCACUCCGUCCACGCUGCAGUUUUAAGCUCCUCACUCCAGCGCGCCGUGUGCUGCGACAGCAGACUCAAUGAGAGAGACAUGCUCGCCUUCCUCCUCGUUUCUGGCUCUCUUUGGAUCCUUUUAGAGCUCAGCACCACCCUCAUGGAGAAGGUUCAGGCCCAGGAGUUGCUACGCAGCCUCCGACUGCCAGAGCUGGAUGAUUUGAGCCAGUUCUUCCACUCAUUGCCCACCUCCACCCUGGUGGGCAUCGGGGCCCUUGCUGCUGUUCUGGGUUACUGGUUGGCAACGCGGCCGCGGCCCAUCAUUCCUCCCUGUGACCUCCAACACCAGUCAGAGCAAGUGGAGCACGAGGACGGGGCCCGGCGCUCCAUGCUGGGGGACGGUCCCAAAUUGCUGACUCACUAUCACGAGGAUGCCAAGACCAUGUAUGAGGUUUUUCGAAGAGGCCUCCACAUAACCGGUGAUGGUCCUUGCUUAGGUUCCCGAGAGCCCAAUCAGCCCUACAAAUGGUUGUCCUACAAAGAGGUUACUCUCCGUGCCGAACACCUCGGAUCAGGACUACUGCAUCUGGGCUGCAGGCCAGCCCCGGACCAGUUCAUCGGCGUGUUUGCACAGAACAGGCCGGAGUGGAUAAUUGCAGAGUUAGCCUGUUACACCUACUCCAUGGUGGUGGUGCCACUUUACGACACCCUGGGACAAGAUGCCAUUCGCUACAUCAUCAACACUGCUGAGAUCUCCAUAGUAAUAUGUGACAAACCAGAAAAAGCCCAGGUGCUGCUGGGUAAUGUGGAGAGACAGGAGACCCCAGGAUUGAAGAAGGUCAUUCUCAUGGAUCCAUUUGAGCCCCUUCUUUUGGAGCGAGGGGCCAAGUGCGGGGUCCAUAUCCAGUCGAUGAAAGAGGUUGAGGCCCUGGGCAGGGAACACCACAGAAAGGCCAUGCCUCCUCAGCCAGAUGACCUGUCCAUUGUCUGCUUCACCAGUGGCACCACAGGGAACCCGAAAGGAGUAAUGCUGACCCACGGGAACGUCGUAGCGGACUUCUCCGGCUUCCUGAAAGUGACUGAUAAGGUCAUCUUUCCAUGCCAAGAUGAUGUCCUCAUCUCCUUCCUGCCUCUUGCCCAUAUGUUUGAGAGGCUCAUACAGUCAGUCGUCUACUGCCAUGGCGGGAGGAUUGGCUUUUUCCAAGGAGACAUCCGGCUUCUCGCUGAAGACAUGAAAGCCCUGCGGCCUACCAUCUUCCCUGUGGUGCCCCGGCUCCUUAAUCGCAUGUAUGACAAGAUCUUCAGCCAGGCCAAAAAUCCCGUCAAGCGCUGGCUGCUGAACUUUGCAGCCAAGCGAAAAGCUGCAGAAGUUCAGAGCGGGGUCAUCCGCAGCGACAGCGUGUGGGACAAGAUCUUCUUCAGCAAGAUACAGGCCAGUCUGGGUGGGCGGCUGCGGAUGAUCGUGACGGGCGCCGCCCCCACCUCCCCAGCUGUGCUGGGGUUCCUCAGGGCUGCUCUUGGCUGUCAGGUGUAUGAGGCCUACGGUCAGACAGAGUGCACAGCAGGAUGUACUUUCACCACACCUGGUGACUGGACAUCAGGCCACGUUGGUGCUCCCAUUCCCUGUAACUUAAUCAAGCUGGUGGAUGUGCCAGAGAAGAACUAUUUCGCCUCAAAGGGAGAGGGAGAGGUGUGUGUGAAAGGACCCAACGUGUUUAAGGGCUACCUCAAAGAUCCUGAGAAGACAGCUGAAGCAUUGGAUCCAGAUGGAUGGCUCCAUACAGGAGACAUUGGGAAAUGGCUGCCUAAUGGCACAUUGAAGAUCAUCGAUAGGAAGAAGCACAUUUUCAAGUUGGCCCAGGGAGAAUAUAUCUCUCCAGAGAAGAUAGAGAACAUAUACAUCCGCAGUGAGCCCAUAGCUCAGCUGUAUGUCCACGGUGACAGCCUACAGUCCUGUCUGGUAGGGAUCGUGGUUCCAGAUGCGGAGGUUUUGCCUGCCUGGGCAAAGAAAAGGGGCUUUGAAGGAUGCUUUGGAGAUUUAUGUAAAAAUGUGGAGCUGAAGAAAGCCAUCAUGGAUGACAUGGUGCAGCUUGGCAAAGCCAGUGGACUCCACUCAUUUGAGCAGGUCAAAGAGAUAUACCUUCAUUCUGAGAUGUUUUCCAUAGCCAACGGUCUGUUGACGCCCACAUUAAAAGCAAAGAGACCAGAGCUGAAGGAGUUUUUCAAGGAGAAGAUCGAGGAGCUGUACAGCAACAUCUCCAUGUAAUCCCAUCAAACAAACACCUUGGUUUCUCGGACCUUUAGCAAUAUUGCUCGACAUGAACCAUUUGCCCUUAACUCCUCUUCGAAGCUCAAACAGAUGAAAGAAGGAGAAUCACAAAAGGGAUCACAAAAAAUGCAUGGAGUCCUGUUGAAAUGUGUUUUUAGGUAUGGUACAGCUUCGGUUGCGUAUGUCAGGAGAGGAGAGAUUUAAACCAAAUUACAUGUCUACACAGAGAGCAGCAGGUGAAACCAGCCUGUUUACGUCUCCUUUUCAGGUGAAGACCUGAAACUAAACAAAGACGUCACCAAACGAUGAAAAUAUUUAUUCUCAGAUACAUGUUUUUUUUUUUUUUUUUUCCUUUUGUCCUAAAUGUAGACUCAGAAAAAAAAAAAAGCUUUUUGACUACGAGCAAUGCAUGCUGUGACCUCAGCAGAGCUGGGAUUUUAUUGUCUUGAGUUUUCAGAUGCAUCCACACGCAUCAACACACAUCCGUACACAUGCAUACACACAAACCCCACAGAGUGGACAGAAAUGUAUGAAGGUGUUCUCCUGCACUCCAGCUCUGUACAAGCUCCGAUGAGCUACAAUAACUGAAACGAAGCCAGCAUCCAUUUUUAAAAAUAAAAAUAAAAAAAACAAAAAACUGGAUUAGGGUAGACCAUUGUGACGGCUUUUGAGUUCAUUUCAACCCAAAGUAUUACACUUUAACUGUACUUAUCGAGGGAGAAUAGAUGUAAAUACGUCCGCGUGAGUGUGUGUGUACGUAUGUGUGUGUGUGUGUUAACGUUGGAGUGAAAAGAUAUAGUGAGAAUACCUUAGUCUAGCAUAGUUUUACAGAAUCAGGGUUGGUGGAAAUGGGACACACAAAUAAAAAGAAAUCCUGAAAUAACAUUUUAAUUUAUUCUUUGCAUGUUUUUCCACCUUUUCCUAUGUCAAGUACUGUACUGAAAUGAGGUGUAACCACUGUAAGAUGCUCCUAAAAUUCAUGCCAUUUAUCAAAUGUGUUUACUUGGAAGGACCACUGUUUUACAGUCAUAUUUUGUUAAGAGAUCAACAUGACCUGUACAGUAUACAGUAUUGUGCUGCAGAGCUAGGAGGUAAUACCCUGUUUCAGACACUGAGCUCGUGUAUAUUCUUCUAAAGUCUUGACUUGUGUGAAUAUUGAACCUUUAAACACCUUUAAAGAAGCAGGUUUUUUUUUGCUAACAGCGUGUAAAGUACUUUUAAAUAGUACCAGUUCUACACCUGACGGGUUUUAAUCCCAUAAUCUUGAUUUUUGCUAUGUAGACUAAAACAUUCAGUGUGUUCACUUGAAGGUAAAACGUGUACAGUUUUUAAUAAUAUGACUGAGACUAGAUGUGUGUGAUGUAUGUGUAUAUAUUUCAGUAACGAUGCAGUUUAGGAUUUAAUUUUAAUACAUAGCUAUGAGUCACUUCAAUCAAUACGGUUACUCUACGGAUAUCUUCUGUACAAGGAAAUAUGGGGACUUUUUUGCUCAAUAUUCUGAAAGACAACGGGGCUCCUAGUAGGUUGUGAGUUUUGUUUCUGAGACCCGGUAUGACGUGAUGCAAAAAAUGACUCUGCGAACAUCGCCGCGGUUGCGGGAGAAAUUGCCUCAACUGUCCUCCAUGAUGUCGUGUGAGGUACUACUGCACGUGCACAGAGAGGCAGCAGCUGGCGCCGGACACAGUGAGCCCCUUGCGUGCUUGUGCGCGCGCGCGAGCGCCUGUGCGUGCGCGUGUCCGUGUCUAUUAUUGUACUGUACUUGGACGUUGCCAGCACUUCUGUAUUGCUCUCUCUCUCUGUGGCCGAAUAUUGACGGGAGGGAUCUGACAGAUACACUUUUUGCAUGUUAAAAUAACUUAAAACAUAGCCUUAAACAGCUGCUACGGGAUGACAAAGCGUGGUUUGGGAAUAAACAUAUUUGAACAAAAAUAAACGAUGAAUGUGUACGCGGAAAGAACGCAAGCAUGCCAUGAAGAGUUAAAUGAUAUAUUUUAUAUAAUAUGCGAAAAUGUUAACAAAGACGACGUGCUAUCAUACAGAGUAAAUAUGUUUUAUAUAGUUUAACGAGGCAAAUUGCAUGAGGGGAAUAAAACUA